AAGACAUAUUAACCCCACGCGUCGAACCCCCUUUGGCAAAAAUGCCACCGUACUUUGCUCUCUACACACUGAUUUGUUCCGCCCCAGUUAUUUUUAACCCUCUUGCUCUUUCAUCUGUACUUUUUCUCUGAUUUUCUUUAUUUCCAGACAGCAUAUAUUUCUUUUUUAGUUACUACCAUCUCUUUUGGGCUUUCUAGUUUUGGCAAAUUCUAAAGAAGCGGUGGAGAUUCGGUUCCCCUUUUUAACUUUCUUGACAAGAGUCAGAGAGCAAAGCCCUUCACAAAAUUCAUUUUCUCUUUAUUAAUUAUCCAAGGGCGGUUAGGGGCUGAGAAUGGAGGCUGGAGUUGCAUGCAAGUUGAAUUAUCCGACAUGGAUUGAGUCAGAAAGGUUUGGGAGGAACUCGACUGGUUCUUUGCGGUUCGGUCGGAUAGCAAAGCAAGAACACAAGGCCCGGCUGGUUGUUUCGGCGCACUUUCCGGUUCUGACAUCUUCUAAUCGGUUUAGAUCGGUCUCUUUCGAGGUUUCCUGCUCUUCCUCUAAGAACUUUUCAGCUUCAACAAUUGAAACUGGUAGCGUUCAUGCACCUUAUGAUGAAGCUUUAGUGUUAAAGAAUAAGUCACUAGAGGUUGAGCCAUAUUUAAAUGGGCACAGUAUAUAUCUUGUUGGAUUGAUGGGUUCUGGAAAAACUACAGUGGGAAAAAUUCUGUCUAACGUACUCAGUUAUUCAUUUUGUGACAGUGACGCGUUAAUAGAGCAGGAGGUGAAUGGAAUGUCUGUAGCCGAAAUAUUUAAGCUUCAUGGUGAGAGAUUCUUCAGAAAAAAGGAGACUGAGGUAUUGCAGAGGCUCUCUUCAAAGAAACAACUUGUUGUUUCUACUGGCGGAGGUGCAGUUGUAUGGGAUGUGAACUGGGAUUAUAUGCAAAAGAAGGGGGUUGUUGUCUGGUUAGAUGUACCUUUGGAAGCCUUGGCACAGAGGAUUGCUGCAGUAGGUACUCAUUCUCGUCCCCUUUUGCAUUAUGAACAUGGCGAUCCCUAUACAAAGGCUUUAAAACGGCUGUCUUACCUUUUGGAACUGAGGGGUAAAAAUUAUGCUAAAGCAAAUGCCCGGGUUUCAUUGGAAGAAAUUGCAGGCAAACUAGGUUAUAGAGAUGUAUCAGAUCUUACUCCAACAGAGAUUGCAAUCGAGGCAUUGCAACAAAUUGAAGGGUAUCUAAAGGAGGAAGGUGGCAUGGUCAUUGCUGGAUUAUAGUUUUGAAAAAGCUAUAGAUAUGGUGAUUGAAUUUCGUUUUAUUUGUGGCAUAGCAUGUCAAAAUUGACCAGUUUUUUUUUCCAUCUCUGCACCGUUGUAGUUUGUUUCCACAACUAAGUUGUGUAACUCCCAAUGUAUUGUCACUAAGUAUCAUGAACAUGAUGCACUUGUAUAUGUUUGCCUAAUUCAUUUUUGUUUUAGUA